AUGCAGUUUUGCCGCAGGGUUGAACUACCCAGAGGGUCCAUAUCUACUACCAUUAAGGCACUGGCCCAGAAAGGUCAUCCUUGUUCUUGGUGUUUGCAGUUCAGAAUCAGCCGGCAAACUCUGCGUGAGGUCGAGGAUGUGGAAGUAUUUAUCAGCCAUUCCUGGUCGGCUGACCGGUGGGAAAAAUACUUGGCCGUGUGCUACUUUCUGAACUUGGGCUUGGCAGCGAAGGCAAUGACAGCGUGGCUCGUGGUGGUCGCAGGCAUCGUGUUAGCUGUUCCUGCACUGUCCAUCCACAUGAUGUUCGUGUUCUCGUUGGAUGUCCCGGUUGUAACAUUCAUUUUGGUCUUCUUCUUUGGCCAGCACCUCACUUGCGGAGUUUGGGGUCCUCGCUUCUGGGUGGACAAGCUCUGCGUGGACCAAACCGAUGAGGCAACGAAGUCUGCAGGGAUCGCAGCCUUGCCCACGUUUGUGGCGAACUCUUCUCAAAUGCUCGUCCUUUGGGACAAGUCAUACUACGAACGGCUCUGGUGCAACUUUGAACUGUCGAUUUUCGUGAAAAGCCACGGUCUGAAGAGCUUGCGGUUAUUGCCACUGUGGCUCACUCCGUGGCUGCUGACGACGAUGUUGCUCUCAUAUAUUUCAGCUCGGCUCCUCGCUGUCUUCACCGAGUUGGGUGAUCCUGGCAAUCUUAUGAAGUCGGCAAUUGGUGCCAAUGCGCUUGCAGUUCUAUUGCAGCGAUUGCGCGAAUAU